GAACACCACAGCAACCCCUUACCGAAAUGGGAGUUUUGCGUUAGCCAGGGCGGGUGGCUAACUAGUUAGCCAUUUGAAAGACAGCAGCUGUCGUGGCUAGUUAUUUUUACCACAUUACCUACAAAAAUACUCAACAACUAUCGGUUGUAUUGCCCUAUUUUAGCCAGCUAACCACUUUGAAUGUAUAAAUCGAUCAUCAAGUUGGAGAAUCAAUACGACUUAGAGCUACAUAGUCUACCGUUAGCUAGAGCUAACUGGUUCAUUUGAGUUACAGUAUGUUCCAGUGUUAGCUAAGUAGCUUAGCCAGCUAGCUAAUGUGGUUGCAAGACAACAGCAGCAUUGAUGAGGCAAUCCAACCUUGGAUUAUCAACUGUAACGCUGUUCUUUCUGGGCUUCGCUGUCUAUAGAUUGGAUUUAGCCUUAAGAAAUUCCGAAAUAUACCACAGAAUGACAGAUGAUGUCGUUCUGCUGAAUGUACCCGUCAUUCGGCAAUUGUACCACUGGGACUGCGGGUUAGCUUGCUCAAAAAUGGUGUUGAAAUACCUCCACCCUGUCAGUGAUGAGGAGUUUCAAAGUGCUUGUUGGGAGCUGAAGUUGACAGAGAGUGUGUGGACCAUUGACCUGGCCUACCUCAUGAACCAGCUUGGAGUCCAGCACCGCUUUUGCACUCAGACCCUGGGCGUAGACAAAGGGUUCAAGAAUCAGUCCUUCUACAAGAAACAUUUUGACACUGAAGAAGACAGAGUGAAUGAGCUCUUUAUGAAGGCUGAGAGUAAAGGCGUGGUGGUAAAUAAAUGCUCUGUGACCAUUCAGGAAAUCCAGGACCAUCUUGAACAGGGCAAUGUGGCCAUAGUUCUGGUCAAUGCAGUGGUUCUUAUGUGUGAACUCUGCUCAUCGCCUGUCAAGUAUUGCUGCUUCCUCCCUGUGGGUCAGAAGUGCUUCUGCCGGAAGCCAGAAUACCAGGGUCACUUUGUAGUCGUGAGUGGCUUCAACCGAGGCACAGGCUGCAUCUUCUACAACAAUCCUGCAUAUUCAGAUCGAGUGUGCUGCACCAGCGUUAGUAAUUUCGAAGAGGCUCGAAGGAGCUAUGGCACGGACGAGGACAUCCUGUUCGUUUUCAAGGAGAGCUGAUUGGCUCAGGGAAUGUGACAUAGCUGAACUAUACAUCACGCUAGUGUUCCAUCUAGACUGUGAUGGCACACCAGUCUGCAGGUCUCCAGCAUGGGACCUUUGGCUCCAACUCAAGCCAAGUGUUGAAGAUCCCUGUGGGCUCUUCUCUCUUAGUGCUGCCAUGGCUGACCACUACUAGAAUAACCACAACACCCGCUGCAGUCACUACACCUGUUUGGUUCACAUAGCCGCUGGCAUUUGAUGCGUAGGGAAGUAACAGCUGGAAAGCUCUGGAACACAAGUUCUUUUUUUGUUUGUUUGUUUAACUUGGGUGGAGAUGCUAUAUAGAAUGAAUUCAUUUUGACUUUCUCCCUGUCACGUUUAUUAAGUCCAAUCCACCAGAUAAACUGUGAGCAGACACCAGAUUGCUUAGUCUGUGUAAAUGAAAUGCUUUUUUCCAAGCAUAAGCAUGGAGAACAGAAAGCAAGAAGGGCCGAUGGCAACAUUGUGCACCUUCAAUGGAUUUGUAUAAUGUCAUGUUUAGUGUAAUUCUCAAGGGUUUGUGUGUGGCAGCAAUCCCUGUCCUUCACUAGCUUUUCAUAUUUUAUAAACUACUACUUUGUGUUGGUGCAAUAUAACGUACAAAUAGGAAGGAUAGGGAGAAAUUGUCUUGAGACUCAGGUAAUGUACAUCCAUAACUGUGUGUGUGUUAUAUAACAAUAACAAAUCAAGUGGCAAGCUAAUUUACUUGAUGCAAUACAUCAAGCUGUUUCAUGAAUAUAUAUGGCUAGUAUACAGGUCAUCUCCAUAAACCAUAGUCUGAUCAGUACAUGCUUUCUUACUGUGUGCAAAGAAAAAGAACAGUCCAUGACCAGUUCAUCUACAAAAGUAUUAAACAGUACAAUAAUAAAGUAUUUAAACAUGUUUUAAGUACAUGCAUUUAAAAUGGGUUCCCUUUACAAGUUUGUGCACUGCGUGUGUAAACACUAAAAUACAAAUAUGAAAUGGAGAUUAGGUAACAAAACAUUUUAGCAUCAUGGGAUAAGUUAUUGCACUCUGGAUUUGUACCAGCCAUAAUUGUGUUAAUUUAAUACUCAAUUUGACCAUUGUUUUUUGGUUUAAAUAGGAAGGUAGCUAAUUAUUUUUUGUUACAAAACAAAUAGAAUGUUUUCAAUGCCAACCUUAAUUUUUUAUGAAAUAUAUGAUUGCAUUUGCGCAUUGUAAUCAAUAAAGGUUCAUUGAGGGUGCUUCUCAACUG